AUGGAAGUUCAUGUAGUUAGUUCUACAGUCAUUCCCCAGAGCCUACCUCCCACCGAAACUACCAAAAUACCCCUCACCGUCUUCGACAUGGUCAUACCAAACAUACAUAUGGCCGUGUUAUACGCCUUCAUGCCGCCAACACCAACAAACACCGCUUUGAAACAUGGCUUAAUGAAAGCUCUAAAGCUCUUUCCUACUCUAGCUGGCCAUCUCUCAGGCAACAAUGAUCGUCGCCGUCCAUCUGUUUCAGUUGGAGGCAAUGGUGGAGGUGUUCUGAUGGUGGAGACGAAUAUAGCAUUGGAAUUACUAGAUAUUUUGCCACUCGAACCAUCACCAAAGCUAUUGCAGUUGCACCCUCAAACCGACAUAGCCCAGCACUUACUCCAAAUCCAGUUCAACCGCUUUUCUUGCGGUGGCCUAGUGAUUGGAAUAACGAACCACCAUCGAGUGGCUGAUGGUAAAUCAAUGAGCUCGUUCUUUGUUACGUGGGCGAAGUUGGUUCGUGGGCUCCACAUAGACAAGUUUCCAGUCUAUGAUCGAACCAUGCUAAUACCUCGGGACCCACCAAGAUGUGAUCAUGACCAUUGGGGGAUUGACUUUCAGCCCUUUCCACUGCCACCAUCUUCUCUUCCUUCUCCCCUUAAAUCUAACAAAGUAUGUAACGUGGUGGUCCACUACAGUGUGGAUUUCAUAUCAAAGAUCAAAGCUCAAAUGCCACGUAAACAUUCUACGUUCGAGAUUUUAGCGGCCCACCUUUGGAAGAAGGUAACAAGGGCUCGUGGGCUUGAUCUUGAUACGCUUACUGAGAUGAGUGUGGCCGUGAAUGGACGGUCAAGAUUGCGGCCAGCUGUACCAUCGGAGUACUUCGGCAACAUGGUCCUCAACACCAUCCCAAGGGCGCAUGUGAAGGAGGUGACUGAAGGGAGCGUCGCGGAUGUGGCGCGAUUAGUGCAUGAUGCGGUGGGACGGAUCGGGGACGGGUAUAUCCGGUCAUUGAUCGAUUUCUGGGAGAUCAACAGUGGGGAUGAGUUGGUGUCCGUUGCAGAUGUUGAGGGGCCCGUUUUGUGUCCUAAUCUGGAAAUUGAUAGCUGGUUAGGGUUUCCUUCCCAUGAAGUGGAUUUUGGGGCUGAAGGUAGCUUAUGUGGUUUUCUUCCUUCAUGGGUCCCAGUAGAAGGUCUGGUGAUCUUGAAACCGAACGUGGUUGGCAAAGGUGGUGUGGAUGCUGUGGUCGCUCUGUUUGAAGACCACGCACGGCUCUUCAAGCAGAUCUCUCAUUCCUUAGAUUAG